AUGUUCGGGGCAACCUACGUCUUCGAUGACCCGAUGACACUGGGACCUGAGCCUAGUUCCAAGAUCAUUGGUCACGCCCAGGGCAUAUCCAGUUCGGCUUCGAAAGAGGAAGAUGCUUCACAAAUUGGCAUCAUGAACUUGGUAUUCAACGAUGGCAAGUUCAAUGGCAGCGCCCUUAGCGUUCUAGGUGAUUAUCCCUUCUUCCAGAAAUACAAGGAGAUGCCAAUAGUAGGUGGUUCUGGGGCUUUUCGAUUGGCCGGUGGAAUAGUUACAGCAAUAAUCUAUACUUACAAUGAUACCACCCAGAAUGAAAUUAUCGAUUUCCACGUCCUCAUUAUUGACCUUGAUUUGAUGCCAUUUGUUGCUCGUAAUUUUCUUGUAAUUUUUACUGAAGUAAUAGAUGUUGACAUGGAUGACGACUAUGAGUAUAUUAUGCUUUUGGAUAGAGAAGUGGACACAAAGAGGAAGGGCAAGACAUGA